AUGGACCAGGAAAAGCCCGCGAAUGGAAUCAAGGUGAUUGUUGUCGGGCUUGGACUCGGCGGUCUGACUGCCGCCAUUGAAUGCUACCGAAAUGGCCAUGAUGUUAUUGCGCUAGAGAAGAAUGACGAGGUCCGAGGAGUGGGUGGCGAUUGCAUUUCGCUCACGUCCAAUGGGGCGCGAGUAGUCUCUCAGUGGGGAGACGGGGCCGUUCACGAAGAACUUGUCGAUCGGAUGUGCCGCGCAACCAAGGUACAGGCUUUCAACAAUCGAGACGAGCUCCUCAAUGAAAAUGACCUGUGGGGGUACCAAAGCACCGGAUAUACAACCAACCGCGGGGAGCUUGUGACUAUACUAUUCAAACACCUCGAGACCCUCGAUGUCGAUAUCCGCUUAAAGAGCUGCGUAACUGAGUUCUGGGAGACUGACGAGGAGGCUGGGGUCGUCAUUGAUGGACAUCUCCGACUCAGCGCGGACUGCGUGAUCUGCAGCGAUGGGAUCCAUAGCAUGGGGAGAGCCGUGAUCAGCCGGGAGGAGCCUCGGGUACGAGCAAGUGGGUUUUCUGGCUUCAGCUCACGUAUCGACACGGACGAAGUAGCCAAAGAUCCGCAGGCAAAUUGGUUCUUGAAGAACAUGGAGCACAGUGGGGGCGACAAAGCGCAAACCUGGUUUGGAGACGGUGUCCAGUUCAUGAUGAUGACCUUGCGAGGUGGUUUGGACAUCGUUUGGGUUUUUAGCUACAAGGACUCCGUUAUAACCUACGAUUUCUCCCCAGCGACGGGAGUGAGUGUCGACAACGUCGUGGAGCUUAUCAAGGACUGGCCGGUCCGCGCAAAGUUGGAACCUAUCCUGCGAAAAACCCCGGCGAACGCGAUCUAUCACCGUCAGCAUGUCUUUACCUCUCCUCUCAAGACCUGGGUGUCGCCGCGCCGACGGAUGUUCUUGAUGGGUGAUGCAGCCCAUGUCGUAUGCUCCGUGGUUGGCCAGGGAGGCAACCAGGCCAUUGAAGAUGGGGCAGUGGCUGCAAUCGCAUUAAAACUAGCUGGAAAAGGCAACGAACCGUAUCAGCGUGCGGUCACUAUCCAGCUUGGCUGUCUCGCACCGCUCGAGGUCGUAUCCAACUUCAAGGAUAAAGACCCGAGGUUGCUAUCUCCGCCGCGCCAGAGUUGGAUCUUCGAGCACGACUGCCAGGAGUACGUAUAUCAGGAGUUUACGAAAGUCGCACAGGCCGUGCAAGAUGGCACGGAAUAUAUCCCACAGAAUCUGCCCGAUGGGGGGACAUAUCGUCUCGACUAUGACUAUUGCGGUCGCUAA